GAAAAAAAACAAAGAAGAAAAGUGAAAUUCUUUUCUUCCGUGGAGCGCACGGCCAGAGUGAGAAUAUAUAUUAUACCAGUUUGACUAUAUAGAAUGGCGGACUGAUUCGCGUUGCGCGUGGCGACAACGUCGGCGCAGCCAAAUCAAACGACAUACAUACAGACUCAUCAUCAUAGACAGAGAGAACAGAGAAAGCGGAGGAGAGGGUGCCUUUGAUUUCAAUCCCUGUCCCUGAUUCGACUAUGAUGGAAUCAGAGACUGGACAACUAGACCCGACGAUGAAUGGAAACAAUCAAAAGGUAGAAUCAGAGGCACAACCACAGGCAGAAGACCUUGAGAAGAAGAAGAAGAAGAAGAAGAAAGAAGAAAAGGCAAGAGAGAAAGAAUUGAAAAAACUCAAGGCUGCACAAAAAGCAGAAGCAGCAAAACUUCAGGCACAAGUGUCUAAUACUUCAAAAAUGGGUAAACGAAAGAACAUAAAGAGGGAGGCAGGGGAAGAAAAUCCUGAGGAUUAUCUUGAUCCAGAAACUCCUUCUGGUGAGAAGAAACAUCUUUCUCAACAAAUGGCUAAGCAAUUCAGUCCAAGUGCUGUAGAGAAAUCAUGGUAUGCAUGGUGGGAGAAAUCAGGUUUCUUUGCAGCAGAUUCUAGCAGCUCCAAGCCGCCAUUUGUGAUUGUUCUGCCACCUCCAAAUGUUACUGGGGCCCUACACAUAGGCCAUGCUCUUACCUCUGCCAUCGAGGAUACUAUUAUUCGUUGGCGUAGAAUGUCUGGAUACAAUACAUUGUGGGUGCCUGGAAUGGACCAUGCUGGGAUAGCUACCCAGGUGGUUGUGGAGAAGAAAAUCAUGCGGGAAAGGAAAUUAACUAGGCACGAUGUUGGCCGUGAGAGAUUUGUAUCUGAAGUGUGGAGUUGGAAGGAGGAGUAUGGUGGCACCAUAUUGAAACAACUAAGAUGCUUGGGUGCGUCUCUUGAUUGGUCCCGUGAGUGCUUCACAAUGGAUGAGAAAAGAUCCAAGGCUGUGACAGAGGCUUUUGUUAGGCUUUACAAAGAAGGUCUUAUUUAUAGGGAUCUGCGGCUAGUGAAUUGGGACUGCAACUUACGAACAGCAAUAUCUGAUAUUGAGGUAGACUAUUUGGAUAUCAAAGAAAGGACACAGUUAAAGGUUCCUGGAUAUCAAAAGCUGGUGGAGUUUGGUGUUUUGACAUCAUUUGCUUACCCUCUGGAAGGAGGACUAGGUGAGAUUAUUGUGGCCACUACUAGAGUGGAAACUAUGCUUGGUGAUACUGCAGUAGCGAUACAUCCUGAGGACCCAAGAUACAGCAAUAUCCAUGGAAAAUUCGCUAUUCACCCAUUCAAUGGAAGAAAGCUUCCUAUAGUUUGUGAUGCAAUACUUGUUGAUCAGAAUUUUGGGACUGGUGCUGUUAAGAUAACUCCUGCCCAUGAUCCAAAUGAUUUUGAGGUCGGGAAGCGUCAUAAUCUUGACUUUAUCAACAUCUUUACUGAUGAUGGGAAAAUAAAUAGUAAUGGUGGCUCGGAGUUUGCGGGAAUGCCACGUUUCAAAGCCCGUGAGGCUGUAACAGCAGCUUUACAGAGAAAGGGACUCUAUAGAGGUGCCAAAACUAAUGAGAUGCGACUUGGCAUUUGUUCAAGAAGCAAUGAUGUUGUGGAGCCGUUGAUAAAGCCUCAGUGGUAUGUAAAUUGCAAUAGUAUGGCCAAGCAAGCUCUUGAUGCUGUCUUUGAUGAGGAAAAUAGGAAAAUGGAGAUCAUUCCAAGACAAUAUGCUACUGAAUGGAAGAGAUGGCUAGAAAAUAUUCGUGAUUGGUGCGUCUCAAGGCAGCUUUGGUGGGGGCACCGUAUUCCUGCAUGGUAUGUGACAUUGGAGGAUGAUGAACUUAAAGAACUUGGUGCAUACGAUGACCACUGGGUGGUUUCUAGAAAUGAAGAAGAGGCUCGAACAGAGGCUAGCCGAAUAUUUGCUGUCAAGGAAUUUCAGAUUUCUCAAGAUCCUGAUGUCCUGGAUACCUGGUUUUCUGCUGGUCUUUUUCCAAUAUCUGUGUUAGGUUGGCCGAAUGAUACAGAUGAUUUAAAGGCAUUUUAUCCAACUUCAGUGCUUGAAACUGGGCAUGACAUUCUCUUUUUCUGGGUUGCACGUAUGGUGAUGUUAGGAAUUAAGCUGGGAGGUGAUGUGCCUUUUAGAAAG